AUGGCUGAGACGCAGGGCCCGACAGUCGUGGCGGUAGCCAUCGUCUUCGCCGUCAUCUCUGUUCUGACCAUUAUUCUACGGCUCCUCUCCCGAACCCUCAUAGUUGGAAAGCUGAGCCCCGACGACUGGAUCAUCUGCGUCGCCGUCGUUAUUUCCUGGGCAUUCAUCGGCUGCACCAUUGCCUCGGUUCAGUAUGGCCUCGGAAGCCACAUGGAAGAUGUCUUAGUACGCGGAACCGACAAUAUGAUCACCUACGCCCAGGUGGUUUGGUUGUCAUCCAUCUUUUACAAUGCCUGCCUGGGCUUCAUCAAGUGUUCGGUACUUGCGCUAUACAUGCGUCUCGGCGAUCCGAACCUACGGAUGCUCUCAAUGAUCAUGACUGGCGUGGUGUUUUGCCAGGCUGGUGCCAAUGUCUUCGCCUGCAUUUUCCAAUGCUCCCCUAUUUCGGCCGCCUACGAUAUAACCAUUCCCGACGACCAAAAGCGCUGCGUUAACAUCAACGCCUUCUACCUCGCCAAUGCCGCCGUCAACAUCCUCACCGAUCUCUUGACCUAUACUCUCCCUAUUCCCCUUGUGUUGAAGCUCCAGGUACCUAAGCGGCAGAAAAUUAGUCUGGCGGUUAUCUUCGGUCUCGGACUGCUCGCUUGCGUCUCAUCCAUCAUCCGAAUCACCUACAUCCCGCAGAUGCUAGCAUCAACCGACCAAACUUGGACCAUUGCGGGCGCCAUGUACUGGUCCGUGAUUGAGACCAAUGUCGGCAUCCUCGCUGCCUCCAUCCCGUCCUACAAGCCCCUGGUCAAGCGGUAUGCGCCGCGGCUUUUGGGCAGCUAUGCCGUCCGCGACGACAACAAACACUCCGGGUUUAAGAUGAUG